GGAAGAUCUUUCUCCUUCAUUUAACAUCAACCUUUCUUAUAUACCGCCUGAAAUAGAUUUGAAUAAGAUGCCAUCCCUAGGUGAGGAAUGUGAGAUAAUACCAGCAGCAGCUAGUGUUAUGCAUUCUGUUACGGAAGAACAGUUGACAGAACCUGCAAAAGCAAAGGCUAACCAAAGGCAUGUUGUGCCUCCAGUAUUGCAGACCCUGAACAAGCCUUUAGGGGGUACCAAUGUUGUCAGUACUUACAAAAGGAGGAGGCACGGUGUAAAAGAUAAUUUACCAUCCCGGGCAACACAGAAAUCAAUUCAGAACCCAAAGGAUAUAAAUGUUAAAGAGAGAAGGGGUAACUCUACGUCUAUUUCUUUUCGGGAUCAGGCAAAGCCAAAAGUAUUACCUGACUUUGAAUCGUAUAUAGUAGAAGAGGAAGAAGGUUCAGGUGGUUAUGGCACUGUGUACAGAGCUCGAAGGAAGAAUGAUGGAGCUUUAGUUGCCCUUAAAUGUCCUCAUGCCAAUGCUCAUAAGAACUAUGUUAACAAUGAGCUGAAAAUGCUGGAGCGUCUUGGGGGCAGAAACUUUAUAAUACGAUAUGAAGGAUGUGUUAGCAGUGAGAAUUCUGAUUGCUUUGUUCUGCAGUAUGUUGAGCAUGAUAGACCUGAGGUGUUGAAAAAAGAAAUCGAUGUUCAGUUAAAGUGGUAUGCUUUUUGCCUGUUCAAAGCUCUAGCAAAUCUUCAUAAACAGGGAAUAAUUCAUAGAGAUGUCAAACCAGGAAAUUUUCUUUUCUCUCGUAAUACCAACAAAGGUUAUCUUAUUGAUUUCAAUCUUGCUAUGGAAAUGCAUCAAAAGUACAGGAGUACGGACAAAUCAAAGUUGGGAUAUGAUUUAAGUCCUCGAAAUACUGUUCCUCCCAAAGCCAUUCACCCAACAGAUAGCAGCAAGUUUAUAAAUAUGAAAUCAAGGGAGGGAAUCAAUAUAGAGGCAACAAAAGGCUCCAGGUUAACUUUAGAGCCUAAGAACACGAGGAAGACAUCAGUUCAAAGGAAGGCUCCUCAUAACGACUUGAGUAUUUCCUCAGCAAAGGACGCAAGUGCAAGGACUCCUUCAUCAGAAAGAUUCAGAGAACCUUUGCUAUGCCAAGGUAGGAAAGAGCUAAUCAGUCUGGCACAGGAAGCAAUGCAGACCCCCAAACCUGGAGUGUCACAUGUUCCUUCUCCCAUGAGAAAGCGAGUUGCUGCUUCUCCAGCAAAAACGGAUAGACAUGUUCUUCAUCCUACUCCAAUGCCUUUGAAUUCAAUUAGCUUGACAAUAUCUGGUGUUGGCUUAUCUAAGAACAAAGGGGAUGGGAAGCAUAAGAAAGAAGGUCCUUGUGCUGGAACCAAAGGCUUCCGAGCUCCAGAGGUCUUGUUCAGAUCUCAACAUCAAGGUCCAAAGAUUGAUGUCUGGUCUGCUGGGGUCACUCUACUCUACCUAAUAAUUGGGAAAUGUCCCUUUACCGGUGAUCCUGAACAGAACAUAAAGGAUAUUGCAAAACUAGGCAGUGAGGAUCUUUGGGAAGUUGCCAAGUUACAUAAUUGUGAUCCCGCAUUUCCCGAGGAGCUCUAUGGUAAGCAAUCUUCAAUAUCUGUGAAUCUAAGGGAGUGGAGCGAAAUGAAUACGAAGAGACGAGACUUCCUUUCGGAGAUACCGAGCUCACCUUACGAUAUUGUGGACAAGUGCUUAACAGUGAACCCGAGGUUGAGGAUUACAGCAGAGGAUGCUCUUAAGCAUGAGUUCUUGGCUUCAAUACAUGGAAACCUAAGAAAAGGGCGUUCAAGCAAGGGAAUCAGCUUUGACUCUGAGAAAAAGGAUCACGAAAGAAGGAUAAGAUUAAUGAAACACGUCGCAGUAUCAUUUGUAUUUCCUGGAAGUGCCAUUGAUGAUGUUGGCACUGAGAUGAAGUGGCAGUUUUCUAUUGGAUCACAUGACGCAGUGCAUCCGCAUCCGAAAGAUUUGUCUCCGUUUUUCCAGAACACUUGCCCUACCCAAUUUCCUCAAUUGCCCCUUAAGUUAUGUGAAAAAUACGAGGCUUACUAG